CCGCCUCUUAUCGUAAGCUGUGAAGUGUGUCGACUGACUGACACUACUGCGGCUUGUAGACAAGCAAGUUCUUUAGUUUCUAUGACAGUUUUCCUCUUUAUUUAAAAAUAUAACUAACCAAAGACCAUGAACAGUUUAAUAAGAUCGACUGCUCGGUGUCUUCGGGCUGGGGCAGCAGUCUACUUGCCCAGACAAGCCGACGGACGUGUGUUGGCGGCCUCGGCCAGGCUCUUGUGCGCGGCGGCGGACCUCCAAAAAGACCUUGGUAACAUGGUGAAGAAGGACAAAGUGGUGGUGUUUAUGAAGGGAACGCCGGCACAGCCCAUGUGCGGCUUCAGUAAUGCCGUGGUUCAGAUCCUGCGGAUGCACGGUGUGGACGACUAUGCCGCGUACAACGUGUUGGAGGACCAGGACCUCAGAGAAGGAGUCAAGGUGUUCUCCAACUGGCCGACGAUCCCUCAGGUGUACUUCAACGGCGAGUUUGUGGGAGGCUGCGACAUCCUGCUCCAGAUGCACCAGAACGGAGAUCUGGUGGAAGAGUUAAAGAAGCUGGGUAUCCACUCUGCACUGCUGGAAACUGAGAAAGAAUCCAAGUAGAGGUUGAGUAUAAACUUCUAACAGCUGACAAGACAGAGGACACAUUUAUCAGGUUGACCCCCCCCUCUCAGAUGAUCGUAUAUGAACCAACACUCUAGGCAGCCAUGAGCAAAACGGACUCAGGCUGCAGAUGAUAAGUGACGAUUAUAAGCAGUUUCGGUGGCAGCACUGUAUCUUGAAUCAAGAACAUUUAUGCUUUACCAUGUCCCAUACCCAUAAACAGUUUAGAGUGUGAUACAGAACUCCUGCUGCACUGCUUAUAAACUGUUCAUGUCCCAUAAAUUUGUUCAGAUUAUGUACCUAACAGGGGAACACUUUAAUCUUAUAAGAAGAAAAGAGUGGACAAUGUCUUCACAGGGAUUCAGAAUCAGUUUUACCUACAGUAAAUCUGUACCACAUUUCUCACUUUCUCUUAAAAGCUGCAGUAACAAUAACAAAAAGGUGCGGGCCGGAAAACCAAAACAAUGAACUCAAAGACACUAUAAAACUCCACAGAGCUGAGGGGGAAAGCAGGGUGGGGUGAUAAAUCUCUGUGGGUUCAUCAUUAAUGAGUAACUCCCUUCAAAUUACACAGUCUUUUGAUCCAUUGUUAAAAUACCAACCAUAGCAGCAUUAAUAUUUCCUUAUCACUUCACACAGGGAAAGUGUGGAUUUUUGCCCUGUAGUUUCUGUUAUAUCAACAAAACUCUUUUUUUCCCCUAAAAGAUAUAGUAAAAAACAAAAUAUUAAAAAUCCAUAUCAGCAUAGUUGUUUGGAAUCACAAGCAGUUUGGGUUAAAUACAGCAAUGAACGUCCAGCUGUAACCCCACUGUUGGAGAAACCAUUUCACAUUGAGGUUGGACUUCUACUGUGUCAGGUUCCCUACCUAUGCUUUAAUGGGUUUAAACAAGAAUGCUGGUAACCUGUCUCAUCCUGCCCUUAAAAACAUCCCUGCUACCUCUAUUGUCCACCCAUUUUCUCAAGCCACAGUCAGUUCAAGACCAAACGACCUUGAGGGUGUAGCGAGUCUAAGAUCUUUAUAAAGCUGCUUGGGUCAUAAAAGGAAAAGAUGUCAUCACACCAGAUUCCAAAUGCACUGCCUGUACAUACAGUAUACUAGAAGGAAGGACAAAGAGGGGAUAACACUGUGAUUUCCACAUGUUUAUAUGUUAGGGAUUAACAAAGGUGGUGUGGGUUUCUAAUAAUAUAAAGAUGUUUUAAUGUAAAUGCCAUGUUAGCUUUAUAGUUGAGGUAACAACAGACACAGACCACACCUCACUGACCUCAUUACACACAUGCACUGUCAAAAUGGCUUUGAAGGAACCAACACCAUUGUCCCCUAUUUGUUCUUCCUGCCAGGAACCACAUAUAAGAUGUGUCCCCUCUGUUUUAAUGUCUACACCCGCUGAAACUCAACAAACAUACCAUACUUUUUACCUUUUUCCUGAAGAUGACUGAUUUACUGCACAUCUGGACAAAUGGGAGCAGUUCUAUUUAAAGCUUGUGGAGUAUGUUCCAGUCUGUUAUCUGUCACUGAAGGAAAAGGAGUGUUUUAUAUUUUGGAGGUUAAAGUGGGGAGUGUUUUUGUUUUGAGUUCUCACUGAGCCUAAGAAUCCCAUAGUUGAUGUUCUCCCUGCUGCACACAGUUGUAUUAUCAAAGCAUUGGUCAUGUAGUACACUGUAAGAUAUUGUAUAUUGAAAGCAUAAUAUUAAUUGUAUUUUAGCUGCAUGUAAACCCUGCACCAAUUAAAUAUUUUGUGACACAAACAACAA